AUUAAAUCCUGACACUUAACAGCUGUGUCUUUAGGCAAGACUCAUAAGUGCUUUGUGCCUCAGUUUCACCCGUGGCAAUGGAUUUGGGAAAGUUUUGUGAGAUUCAGUGAGUGAACAUACAUAAGGUGCCCGGGGCAGUGCCUGGGACACAGUCUAUGCUGAAUAAUACUGGUUACUAUUAUCAAUCAAAUGUAUCCUGCAGUCUGAUAAGAAACUCUGAGGAUCAAGAAAGCUGGGAUUCUGCUAUUCCUUAAUGGAUAUUUAUUGAGCAUCAAUCAUGGGCCAGCUGGAGAUGCACAAAAUUAACAACACAGCCCCCACUCUCAGGACUUCACAGGCCAGUAGGAAACAAAACAAAAAGUACAGAUGCCAGUACAGAGGGCAGUGCCCUGGUGAGGACACCCCACACUGCCUUUCUGCGGGGCAGGGGGAGGUGCUGUCGGGGCAGCAGGAGAGGAUAAAACCAGGGAAGCUUCCGGGAGCAGCUGAUUCUGAGCGAAGCCCUGAAGGAAAGCAGGAGCUGAGGAUCCAGGACCGGGGAGAGGAGGCUCCAGAGAGAAGGAAGAGGGUCAGAAAGGAACAGAGCUGUGAGAGAACACAGGACAUCAAAAGACAGCAAGCAAUCUAGUAGGGCCGGAGCCAGGGGGGUCACAGGAUGGAAGACGGCUAGAGAUCCAGCUGAAGAGGGAAGCAGACCCCGACCACGAAGGAGACUGUGUGGCGUGACAGACGGCUUUCAGUUUGCCUGGGCACCAUCUGAACGGCACUGUGCACGCUGCAACUGCAACUCCACGGAGAAGUGAGGGAAGCCUGAGGCAGGCAGGGCAGUGGGAGCAGCACGCACACAGGCAGACGGACAGACAGAAGGGGACGUGCAGAGGAGAGGCCGGGGGCCGGCGGGCUGAAGGCAGGAGGCAGCGGGGGACGAGGACACGGAGGCCUGCGUGGUCCCUGGCUUGGCAACUGUCCUGAGGGCGGACCCUGAGCAAAUGAUCCAAUCUCUCCCGAAUUUUGCUUAUCCAUAAAAUGAGGAUAUUUAAUGUUUCUAAGUUCUAUGAGGUAAUAGAGACGAAAAUCAAAAUCUGAAACUCGCUUGAACUUUAAGGAGAAAGGGUUGUUUCUAGAAAUAUUUUGGAUUCAGAGGAUAAAGAUUAUACUGACUCAGCCCUUCAUUAUAAGGAGUCUCUGUAUAUUAUGCAGUUGGUUAUCCUACAUACAGGUCAAAUCAUGCCACAGGGAAACACAGUAUUUGUCUUCCUUACACUGAAAUGAGUAUUACGGUGGGAUUAUAUUUUCUUCCAGUUCCUAAACAUUAUGCCAUAUAUUUCAAGUCCUUAGUGCUACCACCUCCUCUGUCUUCAUCUCUGAAGACUUUCAUACCGUCCUAGUCAGUAUUCAAGCUGCCAACAGCUACACAAGGAAUAAAUAAUCAGUGAAAGGUGAAAGAAAACUAGCCAGACUGUGUAAAACCCCAAAUGUGCAAGUGGGUGUUUAACCAGAUAACACAAAUGUCAGGCACCUUUCACUUUCCCAUCAAUUCCAAUGUACGUGUUUACAGAAGGUGAAGUGUCUUUAGCGGGGGUUCAGGACACCGCCGAGGCACAAAGAGGAAAGUGCAGAUGGGCCAAUGCUGGGUUUUUGGUUUUCUUUUUCCUGUUCUGAAGAAGCUCCCUGUGCACUGUCCUACACAUGACCCUGUGCAGACCUCCUGAGAGGUGGGCAGGACCAGGCUGUGUCCUGGGGUGAGCCGCAGGGUCACCCUUCCACAAGCCGGAGGAUGCAAGCAAGCGAGCUCCCUAGGAGACAGGGAAGAGAGGUGCCCUCAGACACACUGACCACAGACGACUCGACUCCUGACAUAAACACUCUGGCACGUGGGAGGUUCCGUCUGAGAACGUGGGAGCACCUGUCAGUGGUCACCUUUCUGGACAAUCUUCCCUAUAUAAUCUCCCAAAAAAUCAAUCUUGGACACAGCUAUCAACCUAGGACUCAAAGCUAGUGGGAAAAACGUAUCACCUGAUAGUGUAGGAAGAUCGCUUUGACUAGGUUAUCGGGGUGUGUGCUGGCUGUCAGAGCGGUUGAGAGCAGGGUAGUAGUCUGGAACGGCCAUCAGACUGCACCAGUGGAGGGACGCGAGGCUGGGCCUGUGCUGGUCACUGCCCGUCUGUGCCUCAGGGAUGCCUGUUUCGCAGGCCAGUGGGACACACAACUGCUCAGGUGAUGGUUGCUGAGUCACCGUAAAGCAGGUGAGAAACAUGACUGGUUGAGUGCUAGGCCCCGGUAUGUGUGACACUGGACCAAACUCAGAUGUCCCUGUUUGCUCAGCUUCAAGAACAAGGAGGCUUUUUCAAGCAACUGACAAAUACAUAUAAAACUAGGUAACAGGAGGAAGCAGCAAUGAUUUCUUUCUUCCACGGGGUAUGUUUGUCCUCAAAGGCAGUAAACAGCCCCAGCCUGCUGUCCUGAUCCAUCUGUGCUCAUCUGUUUCCCGGGAGACCAAAUCCUUGUUGCUCCUUUCAGCCUGGAGCCUUCCUCUGCCCCCUCCUUUCCCAGUGACUUUAUUUUCCCACUCCAGAAAUUUUCCCUCAAUCUUACCCCUCUUCAACAAAAUAACCAAAGGACAGUGCAGCAACAGAAAUCAGGCAAACAAUGGGAUCAAACAACAACACUCAUCAUUUAACGACAAGUAUCACUUGUAUCUGCAAGUCCAUUCUUUGGGUUGUUUUUGAGAGCGUACUCCUGUAACUUCCUCUUUGGUGCAGGCCACUGUGGGCACUUUGAGUCACAGUAUCUCAAUGUGUAAACAUGGUCCUGAGCAGACUUCACCUCACAGAGAAGUCACCUCUUAUUAGUGAUCAUGUCAGCAUGAUCUGACCCAUUCGAUUCAUUGCUAAGGACUGAAUUUAAACAAAAUUACUAGAAGUUUAACCCCUUCUCACUUUUAAGUGUUGAUGAUUAUUAAGCGAAUAAAUAUUAGGGGUAUUCAGGACAUUUCAGGAAUCUUAAAGCUAAACACUAAAAGCUGGUAUUCUAGCAUUUACUAAAUCUUUGAAUAUAAUGAGGAUUUUAUUCUGUUUCUGCCACAAAUAAAUCAUUAUCCAAGCAAGUAAAUUGGGAUUGCAGAAGUACCCUGUGAAAAGUCACAAAUGCCUCCAAGUUGGUAUCCAGGGUAAAUAGUUCUACAGUACAAAUCACAUUAGCUCUUAGUUUUCUUUAAUACUAAUAAAUGAGUUUUGAGGGGGCCUUUUAUUUUUUCCUUUCUGUGGCUAUAAAGAACUUGACAGUUCAUGUCAACAUGUCUGGUUAUGCAAAAAUGACACGAUAGUGUCUUAAGAAACACUAGCUACUCUAUUAGUGAGGAAAUCAAUUCUAGAGAAAAGCACACACAGGCCCACUUUCAAAAAUGUAAGUGAAAAUACUUCGGAGGAUAUUUUGCUGUGGAAGAACUUGCUGUUUUACACGUUAGGAUAAUAGUAAAGUUAAAAGGAUCAAUAUUGCAUUACAGAGACAAACCUGAGAUAGCCUCGUUUGCUUAUUAACAAAAAUGUUAAGAGGACUGGCACAGAUGGCUGCCCCGUAGUUCCUUGGGUGGAACCUGAAUAAGGACCCACACUUCCCGCAGCCCAGGUACUAUCUGUGCCCUCAGGGCAAAGCUUGCAAUCCUCAUUCUUGUCUCUCAGCUGUGAGGCACUAAGGACAACUUAGGGACAUUGUACAUCUUUUCAUCAGAAAGCAUUAUGAGGAAAUUAUAAUUAUUACAGGUACAAGUAUUCUAAGGAAAAAAAAUUUAGAACAAACAUUUCUUUAUGCUUUUCUUAAGGCAACAAAAUGGCGAGCCAUAGUAUCACGACUUUCAAGUACAACUCAGUAUGUCUAUCCUAAAUACCAUGUCAGACGCUGUUGUCUAAUAAUUAUGACAAAUAUUUAAAAUAUAGUGAAAGAAAGAAAGGAUUUAGUUAUGACUAAAAGAGGAAGGACUAGAAACAGUUAAAAGGGGAAUUUGCAAUCGAAAGGUUGGUAAAGGAGCACUGUAAUGCAAAGAGCAAGCAGAACCCGGGUGUGGUGUGUGUGUGAGAAGAAACAUAGCAAAUACUGAGAUAACACCUCAUUCAGACAACAGCACAUUCCCAACAUCCAUCCUUCAGUUUGAGGUCCUCAGACAUUAAAAGGUAUCAUUUCUGAAUUUCCAGGAUCUAGCAUAUAGAGGAGGCACUAAACCCAAUUUUUGCUGAAUAAAAGAAUGGAGUAAGUCAAGGUUCAGGAAAGUAAUCCUGAAUCCUAAAAUGAUUAAAGGAAGGGAUAAAAUAAUAUUUCCGAAGGAGGAUGAUAAUAAAUUGGGAUUGGUUGGUAUAAGAAUGGGAUAACAACAGUCAAGUAUGUGAAAGUGGUUUUCUCUCAAUUUGGAAAAGAUAAAAUGGACUAAAACUAUAGCAUUAGUAACACAGGAUAAGUAACACCAAAGGUAAUAUACUAGAGCUGUUGACGGAUGGAAUCAACCUUCCAGAGGUUACUAAAUAUCCAAAAGAACACAUUUCAAAACAGCCCAGAUUCUCCUUUACUUGAGAUCCUCUGGGUCAGCCCAUUUACACAUCCACGUUGUGCAAGUGCCUUUCUUGGACCGACUCGGGGCAGGGGCGGGCGGCAAACAGCCCUUCCCCAGUCUCCCCCUCAGGGCUCCAUGACGCAGCGUCCACCAGUCUGGCCUCCCACUUGGGAAGGCACCUCUCCUGGAGUGGGAGUCCCGUUGUCCUCUGGAAGAAUCGUCUCCCUGCUCUGGAACGGCUAGGCCACAUGUGCCCCGGCUGUUUGUGUACAGGUGAGGAUGGCCCUGAAGCCUAGACCAGUUUGAAACUACAAACUCUCAGUUCUUGAAAGGCAGCGUGAAGCAGUUGCCCCUGCCGAGGACUGGACAGAGUAGGAGGCUUGAAGCCAGGUUGGCAGAGAGAAGGAUCCAGCAUGACUCUUACCUGCUCUGACAGAGGUUUCCUCGAGUGGAGAGUGGGUGCGUGAUGGCAACACCUGGCUUGCAGGGCUGCUGGGACGGUUCUUCCAGACAUGACUUAAGUUUUAUCCAAGUUCAGCCUCAUAUAUGGAGUUUUAUUGUAGGAGUUUCCCACUUUUCAACUGAGGACUUGAAAUUUCAUCUUAGACGUUAUUUAUAACAAGAAAAGAGUUGGAAAUAAUCCAGAUAUUCAUAAAGGGAGUAGAGACCUUGAACACUGCUGAUGGAUAUAAAAAUGGACAACUUUACUACACCCUCUGCAGCUCCUCUGGAGAGCGACUGUGACCUCUACGCCCACCACCGCACAGCCAGGAUCCUCAUGCCUCUGCAUUACAGCGUCGUCUUCAUAAUUGGGCUCAUGGGAAACUUGCUGGCCUUGACGGUCAUUAUUCAAAACAGGAAAAAAAUCAACUCUACCACUCUAUAUUCAACCAAUUUGGUGAUUUCAGACAUACUGUUCACCACCGCUCUGCCUACACGGAUAGCCUACUAUGCACUGGGUUUUGACUGGAGAAUCGGCGAGGCCUUGUGUAGGAUAACUGCUCUCGUGUUUUACAUCAACACGUACGCAGGCGUGAACUUCAUGACCUGCCUGAGCAUUGACCGGUUCUUUGCUGUGGUGCACCCGCUGCGGUACAACAAGAUGAAAAGAAUCGAACAUGCAAAAUGCAUUUGCAUAUUUGUCUGGAUUCUCGUAUUUGCUCAAACACUCCCACUGCUCAUAAAACCUAUGUCAGAGCAGCAGGCUGAAAGGACUACGUGCAUGGAAUAUCCAAACUUUGAAGAAACCAAAUCUCUUCCCUGGAUUCUGCUUGGUGCAUGUUUCAUAGGAUAUGUACUUCCGCUCGUAAUCAUUCUUAUCUGCUAUUCUCAAAUCUGUUGCAAGCUCUUUAAAACUGCCAAACAGAACCCAUUAAGUGAGAAAUCUGGUGUAAACAAAAAGGCUCUCAACACAAUUAUUUUUAUAAUUGUUGUGUUUGUUGUCUGUUUCACACCUUAUCAUAUUGCAAUUAUUCAACACAUGAUUAAGAAGCUUCGUUUUCCUGAUCUCCUGGAAUGUAGCCAAAGAUAUUCAUUCCAGAUAUCUCUGCACUUCACAGUAUGCCUGAUGAACUUCAAUUGCUGCAUGGACCCUUUUAUAUAUUUCUUUGCAUGUAAAGGGUACAAGAGAAAGGUCAUGAAGAUGCUGAAACGUCAAGUCAGUGUAUCAAUUUCCAGUGCCGUGAAGUCAGCCCCUGAAGAAAACUCACGUGAAAUGACGGAAACUCAAAUGAUGAUACAUUCCAAGUCUUUAAAUGGAAAGUAAAAAGGAAUUAAAUCUUGGAUUUAUAGCAAAGUAAACUGUAUGACAAACUUUGCACGACUUUUCUUAUAAAUCAAAAUGAUUGUUUAACUUCUAAUUAGGGUUCUUUUAAAUUCCUUUCAUUGGGCACUAUUUCUCACCUCCAACUUGGAAGUAAAUUGAUAUAUAUGCAUUUUUUUACACUCGAGAACAACAUUAAGCAAAGUUCUAAUUUGUAAAUGAAAUACUACACCAAAAGGGAGCGUAUUUUAAUAACUCACAGUGUAGAAAGAAAAGUUUUGUGUUAAUGAAAAAUUUAAUCAUUAAUAUUUCCUGCCAAUAAUUUGGCAAAAGAAAAAAAGACUGUUAAAAUUGUAUAUUGCCAGUGUAGAAAUGUUAAUAUUGUAACAUAUUUUUUCUUUUUUUUGAUAACAUAUUUCUUCAGUUCAUGUUUCUUUCAAUCUUAGACUUUAUCUCCUCGAUAAUAAGUCUUUUUGUUUUGUUUUGUUCUGAGUCAUAAAUUUUUGUUUCAAAAAACUCUUUUGGAAUAAAGAGCUGGAUGCUACAAAA